UUUUCAUUAUCUCCCUAAAACGUUAUUAAUAAAAGUUUCUUUUUCUCGUUAACUCUCUCUCUCUCUGUUAGCUAAUGAGCUGAGCUGAGCUGAAUCACGCAACGGAGAUCAGUGUAUAUCUCAGAAAUAUAUACAGAUUAAGCAAUGGCUUUCUGAUAUAAUAGAGAAACUAAUGGAGGACAGCUUAAACUUAGGAGAUCUGCAUGUGAAUACAGUUAGACAGUCCUCCUUUAGGCAGGGUGGAAGCUCUAAGUCCACAUUGUCGGGAAGAUCUACACCAAAGAAUUCUCCUUCAUUUCGGAGAUUGAAUGCUAGCCGAACUCCAAAAAGAGAUGCUAGAAGCAAUGCCUUACAGUGGUUUCGAAGCAGUCGAUUAGUGUAUUGGUUGCUUCUAAUUACUCUCUGGACUUAUCUUGGGUUUUAUGUCCAGUCCAGGUGGGCUCAUGGUGAUAACAAUGAGAAAUUUCUAGGUUUUGGAGGUAAACGCAGAAAUGGGAUUGUAGACUCUCUACAGAAUAAACACCGAGAUUUGACUGCCAAUGAUAGUUAUCUGCCUGCAAAUGAAGGGGCUACUAACAUUGAGGUGUCAGAGGCUAAAAAAAUAGAUGUGGUUUUAUCUAAGAAACGAAAUGGUGCUUCUUCUCGUCAGAGUGUAACCAGAAGGAAGAGGAGUAGGCGUAGUUUGCAUGGUAAAGGGCGGGUUAAACAGAAGACAAAGACAGAUGUUGAAAGCAAUGACAUAGAGCCACAGCAACCAGAAAUUCCUAUGUCAAAUGCUUCCUAUGGUUUACUUUUUGGUCCAUUUGGCCUAAUAGAGGAUAGAAUUCUAGAAUGGAGUCCGGAAAAGCAAUCAGGGACUUGUGACAGGAAGGGGGCCUUUGCACGUCUUGUUUGGUCUAGGAAAUUUAUUUUGAUUUUCCAUGAACUUUCACUGACUGGUGCUCCACUUUCAAUGAUGGAAUUUGCAACAGAGCUUUUGAGCUGUGGAGGCACAGUUGCAGCUGUAGUUCUUAGUAAGAAAGGUGGAUUAAUGCCAGAGCUCAGUAGGAGAAAAAUCAAGGUACUUGAGGACAAAGCAGAGCUGAGUUUCAAAGCUUCUAUGAAAGCAGAUCUUGUCAUUGCAGGUUCGGCAGUCUGCGCAUCAUGGAUCGGUCAAUAUAUCAAUCAUUUUCCAGCUGGUGGAAGUCAAAUUGUCUGGUGGAUCAUGGAAAAUCGCAGAGAGUACUUUGAUCGGGCAAAGUCUAUUCUUCACAUGGCAAAGAUGCUGAUUUUUCUUUCUGAAUCACAGACCAAACAAUGGCUAACCUGGUGUGAAGAAGAAAAGAUCAAACUAAGAUCUCAGCCUGCGGUUGUUCCACUUUCUGUUAAAGAUGAAUUGGCUUUUGUAGCUGGCUUUAAUUGUUCACUAAAUAAUCCAACUAAUAGCCCCGAGAAGAUGCUAGAGAAAAUAAAACUGUUACGAGAUUCUGUCCGAAAAGAGAUGGGAUUGGCUGAUAAUGAUAUUCUUGUGAUGUCUCUCAGUAGUAUAAAUUCUGGAAAGGGCCAGCUCUUGCUUGUUGAGUCAGCACAGCUAAUGUUUGAACAAAAAGAUUACAGCAAUGAUUCUAGAAUAAGAAAAGUGAAUGUACGCAAGGACAAACCUUCAUUGGCUGCAAGGCAUCAUUUAAGAGGCUUGCUUCAAACAUCAAAUUCUACGAAGUUGGAUGAACCUAAGAGGAAUGAUUUACCAUCACCAAGUCUCUAUACCUCCAUCGGUGACACACAGGCUGUGGGCUUUAUCAGCAACCAGAAAAGAAGGAAAGUGCUGUCUAAGAAUGAAGAAACACUGGAACAGGCUCUUAAACUUCUAAUUGGUUCUGUUGGAUCUAAGAGCAAUAAGGUGCCUUAUGUCAAGGAGAUUUUACAGUUCUUAUCCCAGCAGUCAAACUUGUCAAAGUCUGUGAUGUGGACUCCAGCAACAACACGUGUUGCAUCACUUUACUCCGCAGCAGAUGUAUAUGUUAUAAACUCCCAGGGACUGGGAGAAACAUUUGGGAGAGUAACAAUAGAAGCAAUGGCAUUUGGUCUUCCAGUCCUGGGAACAGACGCUGGAGGAACAAAAGAAAUUGUUGAGCACAAUGUAACAGGGUUACUGCAUCCUCCCGGCCAUUUGGGAAGCCCUGUUCUUGCUCAAAAUCUCAGGUUUUUGCUUAAAAACCCGUCAGCCAGGAAGCAGAUGGGAAUGGAAGGAAGGAAAAAGGUAGGGAAAAUGUACUUGAAGCAGCACAUGUACAAGAAAUUGGGGGAGGUUCUCCAUAAGUGCAUGAGAUUCAAAUAAGGUGAAUCACUAGACACUUCAUUCUUUAAUUGUUUUGAAAUUUGAAAGGGUGCUGUGAAUAUCAAGAAAAAAAGAAACCCUGUUAUUCCACCCAAAUUGAUUCGAAACAUCACUGCCUUAUAAUAUUGCUGAGGAAAUUAAAUGCUUUUUUGAUUUGAUGAAAAGCUAUCCUGAUUUGAAUUUGGAUCUCAGGAUUUUCUUUCCAGAAACUGGUUAAUUCUGCCAGAUAUGUAUA